GUGGGAAAGAAAAAAAUAAACAAAAAUAUUUUGAUUUUACAUGUUUUUGGCUCAAUAUAGCACGAUUGAAUUGAAGUUGACAAUAUGCUUUACAUAAAGUAAUAGAUAAAGCUACCGUAUACAUCAUAUUUAAAAAUGGAAGUUCUGCAGGUGGUACAUGUGGUGCUACGUCGCAAAGUGUUGGAAGAAAUUUUGAAUCUUCUUGAAAAGAAAAUUCAGCCUGUGACUUUCAAAUCUAAAGACCAUAUUUCUCUUCCGACUGGGUCAAAGCAGAAGAAACUGACAUUUAAACAACAGGAAGAAGAAAUUCAUAUUGCAUUUAGAGAUUGCAGCUUUGAAUGUCUAGAAGAGCAACUGCAUGGAGAUUUUAGUGACAUCACUACAGACAAUUUGGAGGAUGAUCAAUCUCAAAGCAUAGAUGACAUCAUGAAAUAUUCAUUUGACCCUUUACAAGCAAAAUCAACCACUGUUCGAUCUAUCCAGAGGAAAUCUGCAAGAACCUGUUUCACAAUAACACGAAAGAGAAAAGCAUUUGCGUUAUCUAAAAAAGGAAAAAAGCAUCCCAAAUUUUCAAAGUCAAAAUCACAUUCCAAUUCUCCGAAACAAGAUAUCAAAAAUGAAUCACAACUUACAAUAAAAAAAGAAGAAUCCACAAAUAAUGAUAUUGAAUUUGGAAACCCUUCAAUUCAUGACAAUGGCGAACAAGAUGGUGGCCUUGAUAUUGAAGAAACAGAAGAUCAUAAAAUGACAGAAAACUGUAACCAAGGUGAAGUAUCCUUCAAUAACAAAGCAGCAAAAUUGCAUGAAACUGGGCCGACUGAAGCAAAUGACUCUAGUGAGGAAGAUGUAGGUAAAAGGAGAGAGAAAAUUGUGAAAAGAUCAGCACCAGCAAGACAAGCAAAAACUAAAGUGGAAGAUUCAACAUGUAAUGAGGUUGUGAGGAUAAAGUGCAGAUUUUGUGAAAAGCAGCUGACUCGAGAUGUGAUGCUUCAGCACAUAGCGCAACAUAAGCAGGUUCCAGCUAUAGAGAGGAAACAGUUUAAAGAUUUCAUAAAGCAUGAGGCUGUCAAACUACCUUGUGAUGACUGUGGUAUGGUGUUUAGCACCAAGAGCUCUCUUAGAAUGCACAUUUCAAGAUUCCAUUCAGGCAAUACAGACAAGAAAAUCAAAGAGCGUAAAAUCCAGUGUAGGAUAUGUAACAGCUGGCAGAUCUCCCACUAUGCGUGUUACAGGCAUGUCAGAGAGUACCAUAAGGACCAUGCUGACUGCAAACCCUUCAAGGAUCACCUAUUACAGUUUCUCAAGGGCACAUGUGACAUGUGUGGUAAAACAUGCAACAUUCUGCCAAACCAUAAGAAGAAUAUCUGCAAUGCGGAGCAGCGAAUACCAUGUGAGACAUGUGGAGUGAUGUUAAAGCGCUACACAAUGAGACAACAUGUUAAACAGUUCCAUCUUAACCCACCUAGUCCCAUACAGUGCCCUAAAUGUGACAAAACUUUAGCAAACCCAAGCUACUUGAAAAGACAUAUUGAAGCCAUGCACAUGGGUGUUAAAACUAUAGAUUGUGAUAUUUGCGGCAAGUCGUUCUAUAAUGCUAGUCAAAUGCGAAGUCAUCGGGAAUACCACAAAACAGAGAAGCCACAUUUGUGUAAUUACUGUGGUAAAAGUUUUAAAGUAAAAACAGAGCUAGGCCAACAUGUGAAAAUUAUUCAUGAGCACAAAAAUGAGUUUUCACACUAUUGUCCCAUAUGUGCAAAAGGAUUCCAUGGAGCAAAAAAUAUGAAGACACAUCUCUAUAGUGUACAUCACAGAAUUCACAGAUUUGAGUGUUUCAGGUGUAAUAUGAAGUAUCGCAGUAAUAAAGCCCUUGAAGACCAUUUACCAUCCUGCCCCAAGACUAACAGCGAAGUUGUUGCUAAAGAAAAAGAAAGGCAAAUGAAAGAAAACCUGAAAAAAGUGAAUGAAUAUUUGAAGAUGACUGACACCUCUAAGAAACCAGACAUUAAAACGUUAUCUGAGGAAAACAAAGCAUCUCCUGAAAAAACAACUAAAAGAAAGCAGAAACAAAAUCGGAAAGAUACUGAUAAAUCAAAACAGAGUAAAACUGAGAAACAACAAGCUUUUCGACAGCCCCCUAUUCCAAUUGCUAUAAAACCCCCUAAAUUUCUAAAUUCACCAGGAAUAGAUAUUCAAUAUUUAUCAGGUGGAUUUAAUGAGAUUUCAGCUCCUAUAGUAACUGGAAGAGAUGUCCCAAGUGUACAUGAAUUAUCUCAUGCUAUACGAGAAAGUGCUUCGCAAUCUCUACAAAAUAUACAGCUGCCUAACCAGAUAGCACAAUCUCUUGGUUCUGUAUCCACGAUGACUAAACCGAAUACCUCGCAUGUUAUAAGUAAUGGAAAUUCAAACUCUAUACAACAAGUACAUACAAUACACGAUGCUGCAUCUCGAAGCCAUGGUAACAACUUUAAUCAAUGGUUGGAGAAUUCUAAUCAGUUACAGCCAAUACAGUCAGCGGAAAUUCAAGAAUUUCUCUCGUCAAGUGAAAGUAUUACGACAUAUGUACUGGAUAACAACCAAUUUGUUAGAGUAGAUCAAAGUAAUAAUAUUAGCAACCAGGGUCAAGGUCAGAUGAACAACCAAGAUCAAUUAACCAACCAAGGUCAUGGGACUGACCAAGGUCAAAUUAUAACUCAAGGUCAAAUAACCAACCAAAGUCAAGUCUCCAAUCAGACCAGUGAUACAGCUAAUCAACGAAAUGUCACAAUGAUCAGCCAAGUCCAAAAUAAUUUAAUCAAUCAAAGUCGAGACAAUCAGCUACAGGAAAAUCAGAUAAACCUUUAUAAUCACACUCAUCCCCUUUUAUCAGAUUAGCCCCUUAAUCCAACUCAUCUAAGGCUCAAAACCAAACCCACAGAGCUUCUUGUCAAAUAGUUUAUAUCAAAGUGUUCACUAUAGCAUGGUUUGCCAUAUAGACAGCCAAUGCUCAAUUUGUUUAACAAAUUCAUUUGGAAAAAUAACAACAAAUGGUUAGUAUCCCGGGAAAUUAUUUUUUGACAAUAGGUGAACAAUGGAGGGAUAUAAUUUUAAUUCAUUGAAAUUGUUUUGUCAGUCUGAUGAAAACAAUUUUAAGGCUUA